AUGCAACAACUCGAAGAGAAAGUCACUGCGCUUCAAAACGUGAUCAACGCUCUUGAAAGUGAGAAAGCAGCAGCUGACAAGAAGAAUGGCGACCUUAGAGUCAUCUAUCUACGCCAGGAGAGCGCAAGCAGUCAACUCCGUCGAAAGAUCAACGAGCUCGAGGCUGACAAUGAGACUCUACGCGACAAUAUCGGUGAACUAUACAUCAUCAACAGCACUCUUCGUAACAAUGUCGCCGCUAUGAGCGCAAAUGUGGAGCAGUGGGCAAAACACGCGUCCGAGGAAACAGAUCAACUUGACAAGCUCAAUCUAUACACCGACAAAGUCGAAAGCCAGUUACAGAGCAAAGAGAUCGAGGCUGCAGAGCUCGGCGCCCGCGUCAAAGAUCUUGAAGCAUGCAACGACAACCUCACAGAACGAAACGAGGAUCUCGAAGAACGUCUCACCACCAAGAAGAUCAAGGCUCAAGCCUUCAAAGCCGAGUACGAUGAACUCGAGCGCAAGAACGAGGCUCUGUGGAGAACCAUCACCUAUCUCGAUGAGGUAGUCGAAGAAGAUCAGAUGGAGGUAAUGCGUUUGCGCCAGGGAGUCUUGUGUCUCAAGAAGAUCUGGGAAUCGAAUGAGCAGCAGUAA